AGUCGAAGCUGCAACAUUUGCCAUAAAGGCAGUUUGAUAAGAAAAAGAUCCAUCCUCGGUGAAGAACGUUUCCAUUUCCUUGGAUGCAACUUCAACUUUCCUUAUCAACACAGAUUUAUGGCUUUUCAGCUCCUCAGCUUAUUUCAGUUCCUCAGCUUCUUUCAGCAAACUGUCAACCUCAGCAUCAAUGUUUUCCUUUACCUCCAAAUCUGAACCAUAACUACCCGCACUUGAGCUUUCCUCAUCCGAACUACCGCUAUACCCAGAACUGUUAUCAUCCUCAGAAAACUCUUGACUGGCACACCAUUCACAAGAUUAUUUCUCACCAAAUGGUUCAUUUUCCUCAAGUGAAUGUGUCUCAUACGUCUAUGCCAAGAUAUGGACUCCUUUUCAGUGGCCUUUGAGACAAAACAUGUAACUUGUACAGACGAAGUAAUAGCUUGGCUCAUGUCAAGAAUAUACAAAUCAUUAAUUCUUGGAGCCGUCCACAUAAUCCAUUCUUUAGGAAUUUUGAAACCAGGUAUCAGCACAUAACAACCGGUAUCAUCAAAAUGAACCGUGAACUUCUUGUCACAGAUAUGCGAAACACUAAGAAGAUUCUGAUCAAUUUGAUGAACAUAAUUGAUCUUGUCAAAACUAACAACACCAUUGGAAAUCAUUCCUUCUGUUAGAACACACUUACAAGUGCGGAAUCCUUGUAAGAAUGCAACCAAAGGAAAGUAUAAUACACACAAGUAACCAAAGAUUCACUAUCUUGAUUAAGUGGAAGAGAACAAUUACAAACACAUACACACAGUGUUUAAAGACUCUCACAAAGCUCUCUUAACUGUUCUGUAUAACACAUGCUGCUAUAUAAAGGCCCCUGACCCAGUAACAUUACGAAGAAUGUUACUGGGCUCACGAAAGACUCAGGCCCAAGAAGAACCAGGUUCUUCGUGGGUCAAACCUACGAAACAUCAGGUCACCCACGAAAGAUGUCUUUCGUGAUGAUGAUAUCCUACGAAGAAUGGUUCUUCGUGGGGAGGCUGCAUGCAGACACAUAAGACAGAUAAACAGAAGCAGUAAGACAUAAGCAAACAAACACUUACAGUAUGCAGUCUGCAGCUAUUUUACAUACAUAACAUUGACAAUGUCGUACCAAGUCAAGAUAGGAGGAUAUCUUGACUUAGUCGACUCGACCAAAACAUACAGACUCGAUAAACAAAAGACCGUACAUUACAAACGUAAUAAGAACAAGCGAGAGACACAAAAACUGCACCAACAUUGUCACAUUUGAUCAUUCCACUUAUCAUCUUCCAAAUUUUGUACAAUAUGGUCCCUCUCAUCCAACAUAGCAGGAAUAUUUGAGAGUUUAUCGAACACGUGUUGCUAUAUCAUUUGAUAUAAAUUUCCGAGGUAUCACACAUCCACUCACAACCACUUCAUACAAUAUAGAGAACUCACUCAUAUAAAUAUGGAGGAUCGAAUCUAAAUACUCUAAGGUAUAGAUAACAGAAUGUUAAACAAAGAGCUAUGAUCACUUAUAAUGUUUUUUUUUUUUUUGGCAUGAGUGAGUGUGAGACCGUAACAUGUCAUCUCAUAUUCAUGCAAAUGCGACGUUGGUGCUCCGUGAGAGAGUGCAUGAGCAACAAACCGUGAGUGGGUUCACAAGCGUGGAUGAAAUCUUUUAUUCAAUUGCAAAUGACAUGUCAAUUCCUUUGAAAAAAAAUUGUUGCUCAUUUAAUUUUAAUAGUAUUUUUCUUAAAUAAUUUGUAUUUGCUAACUUAAAAAAUCUUACAGUUUUGAUUUUUAUUUUUUUCUGAACAUUUUGUCAUAGAUUCUAACGAAAUAGAAUAGCUUAGCAUUGUUUCAAUGUUGUUUUGUUUUCAAAUUUUCUGCAAUUUUAAAAACCAAAAUAUCUUUAUAUACAACAUUAUAUAUUUUAAAAAUUGCACCAUAAAUCGAGCAAUUAAUUUUCUUUAGUUUGGGCAUAGUCUUGCUAUACUUUCUUUAUUACAAAAUCGACGUAGAAACGUGUCGAUGUGUUGUAUGUAUGACGUGCGUACGUAGUUAAAAAACAUAGUUGCGUAGUUAUAAGCAUAUGUUGUGUAAUUAUUAACAUAUGUUACAUUGAUAUUAAUAUACAUAACGUAAUAUGUUUGUGUAACGCAUGAUUAUUGUGGGCACAUACGACGUCCAUGCACAUCAUGUGUCGUAUUUUGAUUGCUUUACACCUUUCGCAUGUUAGUUCCACUUUCUACACUAACCCAUCUCUCUUUCACUCUCCAUGUAUAUAAAAAGAUGACUGGCAAAACAAGUUUAUUUUUAUCAAAAAAAAGUUGUUGGUUUUUAAAAGAAAAAAUCUGAUAAAAUGUUAGGUUCCUUAAAUUGUUGGUUGGCAGUUUUGUGGUUGUGGAAGUUUACCUGGCUAACAAUGUGAUAUCAAAAAACUUGCAUCUUAAAUAAGUAUCAUAAAAUGUUUUGACUUGAUCACAUACGAAAACAGCUGGUAGCUAAAUAGUUGGAUGAUAUAUUCACACCUACCACAACCAAUUUUGAUUUGGGAGCACUUACCAAUUAUAUUACACCAAUAAUUUUACUGUUUGACCUGUUUUUCUCUCUCCCGACCCUUGAGUUCUCGACGAUGAAGUUCCGGUCCGAUUAGUGUGUAAGGUUUUUCGAUUGCUUCUCUGUAGCUUUCUUGAUACUACCUUCCAUACUAAUUAGAUCUUGUUCUUUGUCCAUUCGUCUCGAGGGUGGGCGUUUGUUGGAGGGUGGGUAUGGAGGACUGCAGUCAUGGUGUGGUUAAGUUUUUUGUUAGUAAUCUCCCGGAUAAGUGCAGUUCUAAGGAAGUUGGUGACUUGUUCAGCAGGUUUGGGGAAGUAGUGGGGGUAUAUGUGGCUAGAAAGAGAGAUAAGAAUGGUAAUAGAUUUGGUUUCAUCAGUUUCCGUGGGGUGAGGGAUAAAAGGGAGAUGGAAAAGAACAUGAAGGAUGUGAAGAUGGGGAGUUUCAAGCUUCAAGUUAACGUAGCUAGAUUUUCGUUGGAGAACAAGGAAGGUCCUCGGGUGGCGGAGAAUCACGUUAACAGUUCGUAUGGGCCUAGUGGAGGUUUUAAGGCUGGUAACCAGUUCAAGCCUAAUAUGCCUUUCUACCCAAAUCCUUUGGGGACGGCAUACAGAGAUACUUUGGUGGGUUCUUCUAAGGUUUCGAAUAUUGAAGAGUUGAUGGUGGAAGUAUCGAGCUUUGUUAAACCGGAGGAGGAGUGGCCGGAGAAAAGUUUAAUUGUGAGGACAGUUGACCUUAAAACCCUGAAUAUGCUUGAUAAACUUUUGGAGUCGGUUGGCGGUCCUAAGGUUUUGAUCAAGUAUGUUGGUGGUUUGUAUCUGCUUCUGAUCUUUGAUUGCUCGGAUGAUAUGGAGCGGUUUAAGAACGAUAUCUCGGGUGUUAAUGAUUGGUUCUCGUGGCUUGAGGUUUGGAAAGGACAAACUCUCCCUUUUGAACGUAUCGCUUGGCUGAAAAUUACAGGUGUGCCGUUACAUUUGAUGGACGUGGAAGUGUUUGAUUCGGUUGGGAGAUUGUUUGGCAAAGUGGUCCAAGCUUCUUCAUUGUCGAAGGAGGCUAAUGAUCUUACUUUUGAUCUUAUUGGAGUCCUUGUCGGGGAUGGCGGUAGAAUCGUCAAAUCGGUAACGUUAAAAUGGAAGGACAAGAAAUUUAAGGUCUGGGUUGAGGAAGAACUGGGAGAAUGGGUUCCUGGUUGCAUUUUCAACAUCGAUGCUCGGGAAGACAAGGGGGAUGUUUGCGGUGAGAUGGAUGAGGAGGACGGUUUGUUUUCGCCCUCUUCUCCGGCCGGGGGUGGCCGAUCACCGGAGCAGAAGGAUACGGGUGCGGGUAGCGGCAACACUGAGAAGAACACGAACGGGCAGGAAGGUGAAAAGUUGGAAGAUUCUCUUGGUGGGUGCAUGGGAAAGAAUGGCGGCGGGAAUGUGGCGGAUCAAUUUUCCAUGCAAAAUUGUGAUAGUUCCAAUAAUGUGGAGAUUUUAAAUAUUUUUGCCGGGUAUAAUCCGUUGGAUUUUGUAGAGCCCAAUGGUUUUGUUGGUGGGCCGAAUAAGAAUGGUAGGGCCCAAAGAAAACAUUCCAGUAAUAUCCUUAAGGCCCAACAUCAGUUGUUUGUUAGUUCAACAUGUAUCCCAAAUGUUAAGAAACGGAGAAGAGUAGAUGAUCCUCUUGUGGGCGAAGCGGAAUCAGCUGGUUCUGGUAUGGAGGAGGUCACGGUGCCGGUGGAGAAGAAUAUCAGGACCCCAGAUCUGAACAUUCGGGCGGCGGAAAUCAUCGAUUCCCAUCUGAACAAGGACAAAGGUAUGGAAGUCAAGGAUCAGAACCAGUUGAACAGGAAGGAGGCCGCAAAUGUCGACAGUGUUAGUGCCGGUGAAGGGGAAGAGGUUAUUAAAGAAGCUGAGGAAACUAUUUCCUUGGGCAGAGAGGUGGGAGUGGAUCUUACUAAUCAUCGUGAUCUGGUGGUGGACAUGAUCAGGAAUGGAGGUUUCCAGGUAGGUAAAUCAUGAACUUCUUGUCUAUUAACGUUAGGGGAAUGGGGUCGUCUCUGAAGGCUGGGUGGAUUAAAGGCUAAGGAUAGAACAUAAAAUUUCUUUUCUGGCUAUUCAAGAGUCUCAAAUGGGUGAAGUCAGUUCUGGGUUGAUUUCUAAUUUUUGGGGAGGCAAUGAUUUUGUUUUUGACUUUGUGGGUGCUUCGGGUAGAUCAGGAGGUAUGGUCUGCAUAUGGGAUCCCUUGGUUUUUAGUAUGCAGGAAGUGGAUAAACAAAGGAAUUUUAUUCGGGUUAGCGGUUUUAUGGGCGGUAGUAACAUCGCUAUCAAUGUGAUUAAUAUUUAUGCCCCGCAGAGAGUGGCAGAGAAAAAAAGGGUUUGGGAGGAUAUUUCCAGGGUCAUCAAUUCGGGGACGGGGCAGUGGGUCUUGUUGGGAGAUUUUAACGCGGUCAGAAGCCCUGAAGAAAGGUUGAAUUCAGUGUUUAACAGGAAGGACGCUUUAGAGUUCAAUAAUUUUAUUGAUAGGUCGGAGUUAACGGAAUAUUGUAUGAAAGAUCGUCGGUUCACCUUCCUUGCUCCUAACUCCAAUAAGCUUAGUAAAAUCGACAGGGUGUUGGUGUGUAAAAACUUUUUUAAUUGCUGGCCUUAUACGUGUCUUAGAGCUUUACCUAGGCUUUACUCUGAUCAUUGCCCGGUUAUUUUGGUGGUUAAUCGGAACAACUUUGGAGCUAAACCGUUCAGAUUCUUCAACUCGUGGCUGGAAAGGGACGGUUUCGAAGGGGUGGUGGAGGGGGCAGUGGGUUCCUAUGUUAGUAAGGGGAACAGGCCAGAUGUGAUUUUAUUGAAUAAACUGAGGCAUAUUAAAAAUAAGAUCAAAAAGUGGAGAGCGGAUUCGUUGAAAAAAGAUAAAGAGGACAUGGAAAGGGACAAGGAAGAACCGGAAUUUCUAGACAAAGUUUGUGAAGAAAGAGAUCUUAGUGAGGAGGAGGUGUGGAUUAAGGAGGAGUGCCUUAAGAAUAUUCGAGAAAGGGAGCGUUGGGUUGCGUUAGACAUUAAACAGAAAUCUAGGUGUAAAUGGGCGGUAGAAGGAGACGAGAAUUCUGCUUUUUUUCAUAGUCUUUGUAACAACAGGAAGAGAAAAAAUGGUAACCCGGGGAUGAAUAUUGGGGGUGUAUGGGUGUCAAAUCCGAAGGCUAUUAAAAAAGAGGUUUUGAGGUUCUUUCGGGGUCACUUCUCGGAACAGGUGAAAAUUCGGCCCAUUAUCCAUUGCCCUAAUUUCAAGAGGUUGUCGGAUGUUGAUGCCAGUAGUUUAUCGGGGCAGUUCACGGCCAAAGAAAUCAAAGACGCUGUUUUUGAGUGUGGAGGGGACAAGGCUCCGGGCCCAGACGGGUUCAAUUUUAAGUUCCUAAAACAUUUCUGGAGGUUCUUUGAAGAAGAUUUUAAAAGUAUUAUGGCCUAUUUCUAUGAGACCGGGUCCAUUGAUAGGGAGUGUAGUACGUCCUUUAUUACUUUGGUCCCUAAAAUUAAUGACCCAAUCGGUUUAAAGGAUUACCGUCCGAUAAAUUUGAUUGGGUUAAUUAGUAAAGUUAUAUCCAAGGUUUUAGCCAAUCGGAUGAAAAAGGUAAUUAGUAGUGUGGUCUCCGAAUCGCAAUCGGCGUUCUUAAAAGAUAGAUUCAUCCUUGAUAGCCCUAUCAUUCUUAGUGAGGUUUGGUCGUGGCUCAAUAAAGCGAGGAAAAAGCGUUCAUUUUCAAGAUUGAUUUCGAAAAAGCUUAUGAUAAUGUUAACUGGAAAUUUCUUGUGGAGGUGCUUAAUCAGUUGGGCUUCCCCCCGGUUUGGUGUAAAUGGGUUUUAGGUGUUCUCUCGUCUGCUAGAUCCUCGGUUCUGGUUAACGGGUCCCCUACGUUUGAGUUUCAAUGUCAAAAAGGUAUGCGCCAAGGUGACCCGUUAUCUCCUUCUCUUUUUCUUCUGGUGAUGGAAGCUUUAUCUAGUAUGGUGACUAAAGCGAGUGAGACGGGUGCGCUCAAGGGUAUUAAAUUACCUAAUGGGGGGCCGACUGUUUCUCAUCUUCUUUAUGCGGAUGACGCCUUGAUUGUGGGGGAAUGGGAUGAAGGUAACCUUAAAGUGGUGGCCAGACUCCUUCGGGUUUUUCACGCCUGUUCGGGGCUGAAAAUCAAUUUUCAUAAGUCUAAUUUAUUCGGGGUGGGUGUUGAGGAUGACGAGAUUUGCCGCUUGGCGGAGGCUGUGGGGUGCAAAAAAGGGGUUACCCCUUUUAGUUAUCUGGGUAUACCCCUCGGAGCAAAUAUGAACCGUGUUAAUAACUGGGAUCCGGUUGUUAAAAUCGUCAAGAAUAGGUUGGCGUCUUGGAAAGCCAAGCUUUUGUCUAUUGGUGGUAGGGUGAUCCUUAUUAAAUCUGUUCUCGAAAGUAUCCCUAUAUAUUAUUUCUCUAUUUUUAAAGCCCCGUCCAAAGUUUUAAACGUUUUAGAGGCGCUCAUUAGAAACUUUCUGUGGCUCGUCCUAAAAAUUGCGGGGGUCUUGGUCUAUGCAGUCUAAAGAAGAUUAAUGAUGCCCUUUUAGCGAAAUGGUUUUGGAGAUUUCACGUGGAAGAUGAUAGAUUAUGGAGGAAAGUGGUGUCUGCCUGUCAUGGUAGGAAAAGAAGAUGGUCUUCUGGCGAUCGCGGGUGUGUGGAAUAAUAUAAUGAAGGUGGAAGCUAAAACUUGGAUUAAAGGUAAAAGAAUAAAUAGCCUCAUGAAAGGUGUCCCGGGGAACGAGUGUUACAUUCGGUUCAGGAUCGAUCUAUGGUUAGGUGACACUCCUCUCAUGUUUAAGUGGCCAAGACUUUUCGCUCUCGAAAGAAUUAAAGAUUGCUGCGUAAAGGAUCGUGUUCCAGCUUCUAAUGAAGAGAUUUUGCAGCUGUGUUGUUGGGACAGGUCGCCGGUUACUUCAGUGGAGGUGGCGGAGCUGGUAGAAUAUGUGAAUUUGUUGAACGGGGUGGUUUUAUCGGCUGCCAAGGAUAAAUGGGUAUGGACUCCUGAUGGGGCGGGCCCUAGGUGGGUUCCGUUAAAAUGCAGAAUUUUUAUGUGGAGAUUGGUUCUUGAUCGUCUCCCCUCAAGAGAAGCGCUUAGGAAGAGAAAUAUUUUGGUGGGUUCGGAUAUGUGCGGUCUAUGUGGGGAUGGGGUGGAAUCGGUGGAUCAUUUGUUUUCCGCAUGUUCUUAUUCUAUGGGAGUUUGGAAUCGGCUUAGUGAGUGGAUCAAAGUUCCGCCUAUUUUCGCCUUUUCUGUUUAUGAUCUUCUUGAGGUGCAUAGAGGUUUCGAAGGGGAGGAUAAAGCUAAGGAUAUUGUUCGCGGUCUUGUUUUGGUGGCUUGUUGGGCUAUAUGGAAGGCGAGAAACGAUAAGAUUUUUUCAAACGGGAGAGGUGAUUUUGAGGACAUUUUUGGGGAAGUGAGAUCGUUAGGUUUUCUUUGGUUAAAAAGUAGGUCCAAACACCGUAACUUGGUGUGGAGAGAGUGGUGUAAUUAUCCAUCGUAUAUGUUGUAGGUUUGUUUUUUAGCGCGGUCUUUAUGAGCCGGCCUGUUUCUAAUAAAAGUUGCCUUUCAAAAAAAAAGCUAAAUAGUUGGAAUAUCA